CUCUCGUGUGUUGCAAUCUGAAGGUUCUGGCGGAGACAAUAUAUCUCUGGAGAAGUCGAAGAAAGAGAAACUCAGAAAACUGAGCGUCGUCGGUAGAAAGCGUUCGAGCAACAAAGAGCACGAGAUGGGUGGGGAUACUGUUGUCUCCGAAGCAGAAAAUAAAUUUCUUUCCCAGUCACAAUCUAAUAUGAGUAACGGUACCAGCAAGAGAUUUAAGCUUCCCAAAAGGGUUUUUUAUGAUAGAAAUGGCGUGGGUCAUGCCACUGUUCCGCGAAAGCUACGGUCAGCCAUGAAGAAGCGCAAUCGCGAAUCUGUCUCUCCCCCUUUACCCGAUUUGAAGAAACUGAAUCAUAAAGUUGAUAUAUUAGAAUCAUCCGUAAUGGAUGGCACAAAGAGAAAGGAAACAAACAUGGAAUUAGGUGGCUCAGACUGGUCCCCAGGACAGGCUGUUUCUGGGCCAAUCACUAAAGAUGAAGAAGAAGUUGUAGAGACCCUGUACUCUUUAGCAAGCAUGUUCCCCCUGAAUGACACAUAUGCUAAGAGUAAAUUAGCAACUUGUUCCCAAGAAAAGAAUUCAUCUUCACCAAAGAAUAGGGAGAGUUUGGGCACUGCUGUUGAAGCUGUAAAGGAGGAUUUAAACUCAAAUUACCUCUCAAUCCCUGAGGCUGUACAUUUGACUAGUGCACAGACAUCAUCCCAAGAAAAAGUUAAUUCUUCAAGUGAGCCCACCGUUAAGUGGCAGCCUGAUUUUCCCGGCAUCAAACAAUUUGAGAUGGUCUCGGAUAACUCUGUCCCACAACUGAAGCUGAACACUGCUCUUCCCUCUUUAUAUAAGACUGAGCAGAGUAACAAAAAGCCAUUGUUGUGCAACCCUCCCAAUGUUCUACCUGAACUAAGUCCGAAUGCUAGAUUGAAGCAGUCCUCUUUUUUCGAUGAUGCACUUCUUGAACGAAAGCCAGAAAUUUCACUUGGGGCAACAAUUUUCAAUAAUCAGUUUGGACAAGAACAUAUAGCAAGGGAGUCCAAGAAAACUGGUCUAGCGCUGUGGCCUGGCUUGUAUUCAACGGUGUCUCGAGCAGAUGGGGUUCCCAACCAUUUGCUAUCCUCUGUUGCCAAAAUUCCAACUUGGCUGGAUGGGGCAAUAUGUGACUCCCGGACUUGUGCCCCAGAAAAUGGAUCUUCAAAUACAAAGGUUUCCAAAGCCACUAUUAGCAGAAGGUCAACAAGGAGUGUGACUCAUGUGUACAUUAGUCGACUCAUUCAGGUUUUACAGAUGUCAAGUACCAAAAAUUCUCCUCUACCAUCUAAUCACCUGAAACUCCAUCAAGGAUCAAAGCAACAAGUUUCUAUGGCUGUUAAUGAUUUAAACAGUGGAGGAGAUGAUUUGAACUGUUUUGUUUCUACUCGAAAUAUAGUAAAUUUCUCUGCUGAGAGAAAUUCAUAUGAAGCUAAAAGUGGUGUUGUUCAGAAUAAAAACCUUCAUCAAGAUCAGUCAAAGGUAAUAUCAGCAUGUGGGGUACAGACUUCUCAGAACCAGAGUUUUGAUUUCUUGUCCUUGUCUGCCGGAUGUGGUGGGGCAGAAGCUAAAAGUGGUUCUAGUAAAGCUGGAAAUAGAUUGGAAUUACAAUCUCAGAUCGAGUUGCCAUUCCUUCAUUCCCUUCAGCAGCAUCACCCAGUCAUGCCUUUCGUACUGCCUCGAACCUCCCCUGCAUACAGUGACCAGCUACCAGCAGCAAUUGCACAAGAGCAGGCCAAGCUGCAGCUUCCCCCGAAUAACAGCAGCAGUUUAUUUUCACAUUCCCUCCAAACAUCUUUGGUCUAUACAAAACAGCAUGAGCAGCAACAACGCCUAUGGGCAGCAAAUUUAUCGGCUCAAUUCCACCCUGCAGGAAUCGCAAAAUCUUCGGGCCAGUGGGCAAAUGGAAAGCAAGAACAUCCCGUGUUGAUUCCAUGUUCCCAAUCUAUUACCCCUUCGGCUCUAGAAGUAUUAUGCCCCAGAUACACCCCAAUGUCUCAACACCAGCAACAUUUGGUGCCUGCCAGCAUGAAGAGGCAGGACCUUCAGCGCAUCCCAUCUUUGUACGAAGAAACUGCAGUUCCCUUUCACGCUGCUAGUGCACUGCCGUUGCAGUUACUCUAUAAUGAGUGCCUACGAAGUUAAGAUGGUCCGGUAGCUUAUGGCGUUUAUUAAGAAGAUGGAUGCACACAUUGUUUAAUUCCUUUUUCCAUUGUUCAUACAGACAAUUACUGUUCUUGCACAUUCUGGUGGAUAUAGAAGAUCAUUGAAGGAGGUGGCUUGGUGCAGCGAGCAGAAUCCCCCGCUAGAGGCUAUAAUAGGGGUUGGUUUUGCCCAAAUAUUUUGUAUAAUUUCUUUUUUUUUCCUUCCGUGUAUUUAGAGCACAAAGUUCCUCAUUUAUAAGGGAAUGUUUUACUCAUUUAUACUUUGCUCUAGAUUAAGCAUUUAAGGAUAACGCGGUAAAUAUAGUUGACAGCAGGUUAUUGUAUUCUUA